AUGUUCCUCGUAAAACUAUAUGCCUCCCGGCUGGAGAAGGGCACUCAGAAGGGACGUUGGAAGUAUAAAAGAAGCUGUGUGGUUGAGAAGAAAUACGUUAAUGUCUCUGAUGUUGAACGUGAAAUGCGCCUUGCAGAGGCUGAGGCCGAGGUCGAAGCUCGUGUCGCCGGUUUCGAGACUCACUCUGAGGUGUAUAUGGCUGGAGUCGAGGCGCGUAUAGCUAGCUCUGAAGCGCAGAUUGCUAGCUACGAGGAGCGCCUCGCAGAGACUGAGGCACGAUUCGAGGUGCGAAUUGCAGAAUUCAAAGGGCAAAUUCCUAUCUCCGAGGCGUAA